AGUGCAACCAAAGCAAACGUUAUUUACUAUACAAGUAUCACCGCUCGAGUACGGAAGCAGAGAGAGAGCGAGUGUAGGCAAAUCCCGGCAAUGGACAACUUUUGGAAGCAAGCGAAGGCAUUUGCAGAAGAAGCCGCGAAGCAAUCACAAACCCUAACCUCCUCAUCCAACAAGAUAGCAGAUCUAGUUGCCGAGACCGCGAAGAAAUCCAAGGAACUCGCUCUCGAGGCGUCCAAGAAAGCUGACCAGAUCAAGAUCGCCGCGCUCAAGCAAGCCGAUCAGAUCCAGCAAAUCAAGUCUUUCUCUGAUAUCAUUCCUCCGCAGCUAUCCUCUCUCUCCAUUGCAACCGCCGCUUCGUCGUCGUCGUCGUCCUCCUCCUCCGCACCCGAGAUCUCGGACGCUGAGCUUCUGAAGUUCGGUCUCACUGAUGAUUUGAGAGAUUUUGUUAAAGGAUUCACGUCUAGUACAUUCCAGCACUUUCCUAUUCAAGAUGAAUCGGAGACAUCUGAUGUGCCGACCACGGUAUCCAAUGUGCGUAAGGAUCUUACAGAAUGGCAAGAGAGACAUGCUACUCUGGUUCUCACUUCUGUCAAGGGAAUUUCAAGGCUAAGAUAUGAAUUAUGCCCCCGUACUAUGAAAGAAAGGAAAUUCUGGAGGAUAUAUUUUACCCUUGUUAGUACUCAUGUGGCUCAGUACGAGAAGGAGUACAUGGAGGAGGUUAAGCGAAAAGCUGAAGAGCAAAUGCAAGAUGAUAAAGUGAAAAAAGCUCCAUCAGUUGGAGAGGCAGAAGCAAUGGAAAAGAAUCCAAAAAGUAAAACUUCAAACGCAUCAGCUGAUCAGGAUUUGGAUACUUUUCUCCUGGGCGAUCUUGAGGAUAGUGAUGGGGGUCCAGAUGAUGGGGAUGGGGAUGGUGAUGGAAGCUUUGAUGAUGAUUUUGACAAGAUUGAAAGUUCGGAUGUUGAAGAUGAGAAGCAAUCAAAGAAAGUGCCAUCUGCUGCUGGUUAGAACGAUUCAUGCUCUGCAUAUUGUGGAGUGAAAAUAAGGAACUUGCUUUUGUAAAGAAUGGACCACAAAAAUGGCAGUGAAAAGCUAGUUGUUGAAAAGAAGCAAGCAGAGUUUGUUCUACUUCAAAUUGAGUGCCUAGCUGCAAAGAGGUGCAGCAUCGGUUUCUUUGCAAUUAUGCGAUAGAUUAACACGUGCUAUGCUUUGACGGUACUGAACAUUGGCAGGUUCUGGUGCCUGUUUCUUGAAGGAUUAGGGGAGGGCAGGACACUCAUUUGCCUUUGUACAGAUUUAACAUAUUUUAGCUCAAUGUUUUCCAGUUAAUGUUCAUCAUAAGUUACAACUGCUCUCUUGGUAUUUUUAUUUCUCUGGACAGCUUAAAAAUGGCUUUUCGUCGCUACUUGUGCCAUCUUAUUUAUACGCACGCUGCACGCAGGCAUUUGGUUGAUGUCAAAUGUAUAUUUGUUAUCAUAAGCUUGAGUUAUUUGGAACUGAGGAUUGGGAUCUUA